CUUGUUUAUAUCCGUGAGUGCUGCUGGUUUGAUAAUAUCUGUAGGAUUCUUUUUAAUGACUUCAAGUCCAGUACCGUUUAAAUACAUCAAUUUUGGCAGMAAUCUAUACAGAAAUCAGCCCCCUUAUGCCGUUGACAAAUUAACACAACUACUGAAAGGAAAUGAUGGGUUUUUGGAGUCGACCGCUGGCUUGUACACAACGCCAUCACCAUCACUCAUGACAAACAAACAAUCAUCAUCAUUGUCAUCAUCAUCAACUGUACUGACAUCACCCUUAUCGUCUAACACACCAUUAUUAUCAUCAACUAUACUGACAUUACCUUUAUCAUCUAGCUCUCCACUAUUAUCAUCAACUUUAUUAUCAUCAGUACAAUCAUCAUCACUAGCUUUACAAUCCUCUCAAUCAACAACACUAUUUUUAUCAUCACAAAUCAUGCCAUCUUUAUCAUUACAAUCCCAAUCACUAUCAACGUCGUCAUCGCCAUCACCUUCAUCGCCGUCAUUUAUCUCAAUAGGGAAGGACAAUGUCACGUGGUCAUUUCUUAACGACGAUUUCCUGGAAAAUAACAGAGAUGGUUCGUACCCAACGCCUCUACCGUGUCCAUAUUUUCAUUUAAGAAGGGCUGGGAAAACUCAAAAAGAAUCGUAUACGAAUACAACCGCGUACUGCAUUGAACACAAAUCAAGUAACGCAGCUUGUGAAAAGGCAUCUAGCUACUUUGGCAAACCAAACGAAAACCUAGAGGAACGGAAGUGCUCGGAAACUCAUCAUCCUCGAAUUUGCAAAUUCAUGAGAACAGUAUUGAAAACAUUUGUCUUGGAGUGCCAAAGUGAUAUCUGCAAAUCAUCGGUAUCCAUGGGUGUUCUCAAUAAUGAACAAGGAGUUAUCACAAAUUGGGAAACAAUCGAUCCUUUCAAUACAAAAACCGCAAGAACAUUUGUAGAAAAGCAUCUUGCGUCGCAUGACUUUGCGUUUAUCAAGUGUAACGAUAUCCUUCAAGCAUUGGUCUUCCCACCGAAAAUAAAGCACCUUAAGAACUUGAGUUUCCGUAGCAGGAUCAACAUUAACAUCAUAGUGCUGGAUAGUAUAGCCAGACCGCACUUUUACAGGGUUAUGAGGAAGGCUAUUGAUACAAUGAGGAAAGUUGUCUACGAUAAUUCUAUUCCUGCUACUGUUCUGGACUUUGAGUUAUUUCAGAGCAUUAGUAUGCAUACCUUUGAUAAUAUGAGACCUCUGUUUUCAGGAAUUGUUCAAGGUAAAACUAACUUCAUUGAAGUUCAGAAAACGCAAAUGCCACUUGGUAUCCACGUCCUAAACGACGAGUUCAAACGCCUUGGCUACACUACACUAUACCAGGAAGAUGUGUGCUGGCACGACCAUUGGGGUGUCAACCUAAAUAACAUGCUAAGAAACGAUGGAAAGGCGUCUCCACAAAGGUGGAAUGAGUUUCAGAAGAUCGCCAGGACUCACCACAUUGAUCGCUAUGGUUUGACGUAUUUCAGCUGCGAGGUUCUCAAGAAGUAUGGCCUAACAAACCAUUUUGACAGACCUUCUCAAGUCUGCUUGAAUGGACAGUUCUAUAAUGAAUAUUUCUUGAAUUAUGUCAAAGAUUUCGUAGAGGAACUCCAACACCAUGAGGACAGUUCUCCUGUUUUAUCGUAUUCCCAUAUUAACAGCGCACAUACAGACACUGGAUCCAGAAUACGAAACGACGACAACGGUCUGUCAGACUUUAUUCUUAGCAUGGCAAGGGACCCCAAUACUCUGACGAUGAUCAUGUCAGACCACGGGCAUACCCGCACAGGAUACGGACAGACAGACGAAGGCAAGCGUGAAUUGUAUCAUCCCCUUCUGUUUAUGAUCGUUCCGUACCAUGUGGCUGGUCUACUGGGGAAAGAUCGCAUGGCAGCUUUGGUUAAUAAUCAAAAACGUUUGUUAACAACGAUGGACCUUCACAGAGCAUUGAUGACACUACACGAUGUGAAGCCUUCCAGUGACUAUCAGGUUGCUGGUGUAUUCGCAAAAAUCCCUCCAACUCGAAAAUGCAAUCACGUCCAACUGAUGCCACUUGUACGGUGCCAGUGCGAGGGCUCUGAGACUCAACUAGAUGACAAUGCUCAUGGUUAUCGAUGGCUGGCCGAGUUCGCCCUAGGAACGAUCAAUAACAUUGUACAGAAACAGUAUUCACAAAGUAUCAGCAAAGACUCUCCAGUUCACAAAGGCUUUGGUAAUUGUGUACGAAUGAUAGGAACAUCAUUUCGUCACAUCGUUCAAACUAUCGAAGGCACAUCAUCAACCUUUAACGUCCAUAUUAACGGUCCUACUAUUGGCUUAGAAAACGAUGAAAUAUUCACCUUCGCUGUAGAACUCAAGAAUGGAGUACCGACUCUAAAAUCUUACGACAGACAAACCCUCUAUAACAAGUUCAAAACAUGUUCUGAUAAAACUGUGGAAAUCAAACUCUGCGCUUGCGACAAACGCAAGAAAAUUACUGAAGUUAAUGCCCUCAAACCACAAGAAAUGAAAGCUUUAGUUUCUACUCCAAUGUUUGACUCUGUUCCUGAAAUUAAGGAUUUACACGGGGGAUGCUUAUUUCAAGUUACAAGAAAGCACAAAAGUAGUUUUAGUAUAGCUUAUGAGAUUGCUAAUUCCUGCAAGGGACAGAAGUUUAGAAUAUCAGUGUCGGGGUCAGUAGAGUAUGUCUUUCUAUCGAGGUCUGUACCAUUCGACGUCGAGGUCGAACCAAAUGAGAUCUUGUUUUUGUUCUCAGCAGCAAGACAGAUUUUGAACUUUAGUUUUAUGAACAUUAAACUGACGGCUUCAAAGAUUUAACAUAAAAACCUUUUAUAGAAUUUCACUUUUUAUACCCAUGUACUAGCGUUGACGCACUGAAUCCGUGAAAACUAUAUUUGACUAAAUUGUCGAACUAUUUAGUUUGAACAGCUGCACGGAUUAAGUGCGAUCACUCUACCAAUUAGUAAUUAUUAGUAAGUAAUUAGAGCGAUCGCACUUAGAGUCAUUUUCAUCCGUCUGUGAAGUAGUUACUACUAGUCGUGUUUAAUAGUAAUUACUAGGGUGUAGUAGGCUACCAAAAACUGAAGGCAAAAUCAAAACCGCGUUUGCCGUUAUUUGUUUCUCGCGUGUCAUAAGUUAAACUAUUGGGAGCUAAUAGGGAGUAAUAGUAUUUAAUAGUACAAUUCCCAUUUCACAGACGGAUGAAAAUGAAUCUAAACCGUGUAACUGUAUGUAAUAUAUAACGUUGAGGUA